AUGGAAGACAACCUGGUGGAAAACCUCCUCGCUCUUCCUGGUCUCUCGUCUGCUGACCAUCUACCUCUUGUCCUCGCUAGUGAGCUCGAGGUCGUCCUAAGCUCCCAGGUCGAAUUCCCCAUUGCGACCAAAGCCCAGUAUCGCGCCCUCCAUGAUAACGCUUGCAUGCACGCGACGGCCCCCUGCCCCUUCUCUCCCUUCUACCUCGUUUACGACCUCCGACGCUCACUCUACCUCG